AUGCUGGCGACAAGCACAGCUAAUAAUUCAUCUUUAACUCCUUUGCCAGUGGAAUACGCGCUACCUUUAUCAACUCAAAACGAUUUGGAUUUAAAUUACCCAGAAGAUGAGCAAUCCAACUUUGCGAUUUCAAUUCCUCAUCCAAUACACGAUCAUCAUUUGUUAAUUGGUAGAUUAUCAAAUAAUUACAAAACCUUAGUAUUAUCUAGUAUACCUCCAUUAGCACCUUCUUUAUCGAUAAAUCUACAUUCACCCGCUAUACCUACAAUUGGUUUAUUCUACGACGAUGAAGCUGAAUCCGUUCAUUUGUUACUCGUCACUCAAUCCUCCGCUUUACUCAGAUUGUCUGUACCUCUUUUCGUACUCAAUUCACCUUCCUCUGAAAAUCUUCCUGAUGGUUGGGCAACUGAAUACAUUCUCAACUCUGUGGAAUCUGAUUCAUCGCAGAUUUCAACUGUUAACCCAGUUGACUUGAAUUCAGUGUUGUUGGGUUUGGUUGAUGGUACUCUAGUCCUCUGCGAACAACCUAGAGGCGAUAGAACCCUACUUGGUAUGGGUCUAGUUAGUUAUUAUGAAACUCAAUGGUCGGAAUCUCAAAUGCGUCACUCUUCCAUCUUAUCGUCUGUCAAAUCUUUCCUCCCAAACCCUUUCUCCUCCUACGCUAAUUCUGCUAUUGGUCCUCCCACUCAAAUUAUCUCUGUCUCAUCUCACAUCACUGAGAACUCUGCUUUCGCUUUCACCCUCUCAAGAGAUAGAAAAUUACGCGUUUGGUCUUUGAUUCACAGAUCUUGCAUCAGAACAAUUGCCCUGGGUGAUCAAUACGAUUUUAUUCCUGGCGAUCCACGCAAGCUCUUGACCACUUACUCUACAGAUAUCGAUGAUGAUGAUGGUAUUGGUUUCAUAUCUGUUCAUCUCCCAGACUAUGCAACUCCUGGCUUCUACAUUUACUCCUUCGAAAUCAAUAGAAACGCUGGUUUGGGUGAGCUUAACCUGAUUGCUGAGCGCACAAGUGAACCUGGCUUGGAAUUGCACGAUAUGUGCAUUAUUAACCAUGGUCAACCUAAACUCUGGGCUCUGUAUGAGAAAUCUGGUAUUCCUCUCAUCAAGCACACUCUUCUCAAUGAACUUACGACUGAUAUGCCAUCUCAAAUUACUCCAGCUUCAUGGGAGGUUGUUACACAAGCACCUAUAACACCCCUCGAUCCUGCAGCUUUCUCUGAUUACGUUUUGAGCGCAGCUGCGGGUACUUCCAUCCCUGACAUAUUCCUUGAUGUCAUUUUCACUCCAGGUGCUUUCAGUCCUCUGACUAUCUCUCGCGCUAUUGUCGAGUAUACGUCUCUAAUUAUCAACGAGAUUGCACCAGAGAACAGACCAGAAAAAUUGCUUGAUCCUCCAGUCUACGAUAACCUCGCUCAACACUCCGCUGAUGUGGUUGGAUGUCACAUUCAGCUUGAGUAUGAUGCCGCUUCUGGUGUCCCAAGAACCGAAGAACACCAGCAGAAGGUCAAGUUUGAGUGGUUGCGAUUCGCAUCUCUCGUCGGUGAGACUCAUGGUCGCGCUCAACUGCCUUUGCAUUUGGCUAUACACGCUCAGCAACCUCAACAAAUCUUGGUCAUACAAUCUGAAGCUAUAUCUGCUCCAGUUAUAGAGGAUCAAUGUCAGACUAUUCGUCGUAUCACUGAUCCCAACGUCUCUUCGGAUGCUGUGAGGGAUUUCCUCGAGUUAGAAGAGUCCACGGUUGAAAAAUUCUGCUCUGAGGAGCUCGUUUCUCGUGAGAGCAGAGAGUCUGUUUUGCGUGUUUUUAUGCUAGCCAGAUCACUCAUUCAAUUAAUAUCACUGGAUAAACUGAGAAAUAUCCAAGAUGACAUCUUAUACAUGGCAACUAACCAUCUCAACGACUCUCCAGAAGCAUUAUUGAGGGAUCUAUGGAAAAACGUUACACAGGAUGCCACUGUGGAUCCAAACACCAAAACUCUCUUACAAAGCGCAAAAGAAACAGUUACAAGUAACGUGGAUGCUUUCUUAGUCGCAUUAGACAGCGCAAUAGAGAUUUUGACGGACGUCGGAUACACGUUUGACGAAUCUACUACCAAUAAGUCGACGCUUACCGAUGACCUCUCAAAGACUCUCGUCUCCUCUACACUCAUAAAUCAGCUCAAAGAUCGCUACACCCUGUCAAGAGAUCUAAUGAUACUUGUUUUGUUUGUCGAUUCAUGUGACCUCUUGGGUAGCGAUCCAGAGUCAGCUAUGAAUCGCACGCUUAAUGUAUUCCACAGAAGUGCGCUUCUUCGUUGGAUCGCUCUUAGAGGCGUUUCUGAAGAGCCAAACUACCCUAAUGAAGAGGGUAACAAAGCGGAUGACGGCCUUACAAACCAAUUUGGCGCUAUGUACGUUGCCAAUGUAUCGUCACUCGAGCAUUAUCCAAAACUCCCAGCUAGCUCACUCAUUCAUGCGAUACUACGCACACCUUCGUACGCACUGAUAUCUGGUGUAUCAUUGUUCGAGGAUGACAGUGCAGCCACCUACUUACCAACACCACGAGCAAUUACACACGCUGCUAACUACUUCCUUAAGCACAUUCAUUUGCUCAUCGAUGCUAACUUUGUUGAGUGCAACGCUGCUGAUACUAAGUUUGGCAAGAUGCUUUUUGAUUGUGGAUGGCAUAAUCUCGUCAAUGAUUAUGUUCAGUUCUGGCCAGGCAGCGCGGGGAUGUCUUACAUUGAUGCUCUGGCUAAAGUCGAGAACUGCGAAUUUGAACAAGCCAAAGGAGAAUUUGAAGUGGCUGCAAGUGGCAUGAUGUCUAACGAUGAGACACUCAAAGCAGUUUUACCAAAAGGUGUCGACUCGCUUGCAAAGUUUUAUGAACAUGUUACCGUAACUUUCGAAGCAGCUCAAUUUGACGAAUAUAUAUCACACUUUGCUCAGUAUGCUCUUGAUGAAGUGAUUCAAGGAGACGAAGAGGGUGUUGAUUCUAGCGCACUUUGGAACAAGCUGUUCAGAUCUCAAGCUAGUGUUGGAAAAUAUGAAGAGAGCUAUACAACGUUAAUGGCUAUCCCAUACGUAGACAUCCAGCACGAAUGUUUGAGAUAUCUCGUGUCCGCUAUGUGUGAGACGGGAGAUGUUGCAAGAUUGGUGCAAUUCCCGUUCACUUCUCUGCAACCUGAACUCGAACGCACUUUGUCAUUCAAGGCUCGCAAUUCUGAUGCGUUGGACAGACCGAACUACUACCAGAUACUCUACUCGUAUUACAUAUUCAGAGGUAACUUUAGAGAUGCUGGUGCUAUCAUGUAUCAACACGGUCGCAGACUUGCAGAAAUCCCUUGUCGACCUGGUGAAUUUGGAGAGCUUGCAACACUCCAAGCAAGAGCAUAUCUUAGUGCCGUUAAUGCACUUUCACUUGUCAAUCCAAAGAAUGCGUGGGUGGUGCUCCCAGUGACGCCAGAGAGUGUAUCGAAUAUUCGCAAGAGAAGAAGGCUGACGACGCACAUUCCUGAAUCAGAGUUUAACAAUGAAAGUAAAACGCUAGAGAUAGUUAGAAUAGAGGAUAUUCGUCAUGAUUACACUCUCGUCUUGGCUCGUCUUCAACUAGCGCAAGAAUUCCCAGAGCUUACACAUGCCAAUCUGUCAAUGGCUCCUGAGGAUAUAGUCGCACUUUUUACACAACGUGGCUUAUUCUCAGUCGCUAUUGCUACAGCGCGCACUCUGGACGUAGACAUGACAGGGAUCUUUACGAAUCUAUCCAGCAGGUGUCUUCAGCUAUCGAAGCUGGGCGAAUAUGCAGAUGAAUCCGAUGUCGGCGAAUGGAUAUUACUUGACGAAUCUGCAUCUAGCUGGCACGGUAGUGUGGCUGAACGUGCGUGGAACUAUCUGAGAGGAUCGCUUGAGAAGCACGACAAAUUGGAGCGUACACAUGGAAAAUACAGAGUAGCAAUACUUGAGCAUCUUUUCGAAGUAGAUAGGUCAUUUGACGGUGUUCCGUCAUGGCUGCUGUCUAUGUUCGUAUCGCAUCUCGCUCCUGAACUCAUACGCAUCUACUUCAAAUUUGACCUCCUCAACGAUGCACUCAACACUUGCGUCAGAGUGCUCGAACAGGCUAACUCCAAGCUUAAGUUUUCUUCCAGUGCCCAUGGUCAGUGGCUGCCUUAUACUAUUAUAGAUCAAGUCGUCACAGCUGUCAAGGAGAGUGGGGAUGAAAUCAAGUAUGGAGACAAGGUGACUUAUAUUAAACAGCUCUAUGAGGAACGUACGAAAACUCUAAACAACCAGAAUAUCAUGACGAAUGGUAUAUAA